UCCAGUUUUUUCCUGUGUUUCCACAAUCUCGGAAUGGAAAUGAAUGGCGUCGCUACCCUUUCCAUUAAAUUUGACUGAGACCACCACCAAAACCACGGACCCAAUCCAGACCACCUGAUAUCGUCAAUUCGCCACCUUCUCGUACGUUUCUUCGCGUGUUCGAUUGCCGGAUUCUGAUUCUUCGUCAUUCCCGGGUUGCUGUUUUUCGAAUUUAGGGUUUGUAUUGUGUCAAUAACCAAUGGGUUUUGCUUAAUUUAGACGAUUGGUAAUUAUUGUUGUUGGAUUUUCUGGAGGCGUUGCGAAUUCUUGUGGCGUGUUUAGUCCCAAAGUUGCAUUCAAUCGUUCUUUUUUGUUUUUGUUUUCUCUUUCUUCACCCCCCUUCGGAUUUACUCGAAACAGAACCUCAUUGUCCAACAAGACUGUACAUUUUGUGGAUUUGAUUUGGUUCCGCAGAUCAAUGGAGACGAGUUUGGGCUACAAUGAGGCUAUGUUGGGAUGAUUUUCUCAGGCCAACUGAAUCUGAUUAGGGAGGUUACGUGAAUGGGAUCUAUAAAGCUUGAUUCGAAUAUUAGGGUUUUCUUUUUCCAGAUUGGUAUUUGAUGGGGAACACAUGCGUUGGACCCAAUUUGGGCAAAAGUGGGUUCUUACAAUCUGUUUCAGCGGCAGUGUGGAAGACCCGGCAACCCGACAACACUCUUCCUUCAGCUUCUGCAGAUUCAGAAGCCAACAAAAGCAACGAUGAGGGGAAAACGGAUACCGCGGCUGAUUCAGCUUCUGCCUCCUCUAAUGGGGGAGGGCCAGAGCGCCCGGAUAAUGUCCAAAGCAAGGCACCGGAGCCGGUUAAAAUGGCCGGAGAAGAGCCAAAAAGUGUUGACAACACCAAGUCUAUCAAGAGGGAGACAACCAUAGCUAGAGGGGACCAAAAUAAGAAUGCACAAGGUGGAAAAAAGAACAAUGACGGUCACUUUAAGCGGAUGUCAAGUAUGGGACUUCGAGUUGACUCUGUGUUGCAGAGGAAAACUGGUAAUUUGAAGGAGAUUUAUAGCGUGGGAAAGAAGCUUGGACAGGGGCAAUUUGGGACUACAUUUCUUUGUGUGGAGAAGGCAACUGGGAAGGAGUUUGCUUGCAAAUCCAUUGCGAAGAGGAAGUUGACAACCGAAGAGGAUGUGGAGGAUGUCAGAAGGGAGAUUCAUAUAAUGCACCACUUGGCAGGUCACCCUAAUGUGAUAUCAAUAGUUGGUGCUUAUGAGGACGCUGUCGCAGUUCAUGUUAUUAUGGAGCUUUGUGCAGGCGGAGAGCUUUUCGAUAGGAUUAUACAGAGGGGACAUUAUACAGAGAGAAAGGCAGCUGAGCUUGCCAGGAUAAUAGUUGGCGUUGUUGAAACAUGCCAUUCAUUAGGGGUGAUGCACCGGGACUUGAAGCCUGAAAAUUUUCUCUUUGUUAACCAGCAAGAGGAGUCGCUACUUAAAACGAUUGACUUCGGGCUCUCAGUGUUCUUCAGGCCAGGUGAAACCUUCUCUGAUGUGGUUGGAAGCCCUUAUUAUGUGGCGCCUGAAGUUUUACGGAAGAACUAUGGUCAGGAAUGUGAUGUAUGGAGUGCCGGGGUUAUCAUUUAUAUUUUAUUGAGUGGAGUCCCACCUUUUUGGGAUGAAACGGAGCAAGGAAUAUUUGAGCAGGUUUUAACAGGUGAACUUGACUUUGUAUCAGAACCAUGGCCUAGUAUAUCAGAUGGUGCAAAAGAUCUUGUCAGAAAAAUGCUUGUGAGAGAUCCCAAAAAGCGACUCACGGCCCAUGAAGUUCUCUGCCACCCUUGGGUUCAGGUUGGUGGUGUAGCUCCUGAUAAAGCUCUUGAUUCUGCUGUUCUAUCUCGUCUGAAGCAAUUCUCUGCGAUGAACAAACUCAAGAAAAUAGCCAUCAGAGUCAUUGCGGAUAGUCUGUCUGAAGAGGAAAUUGCCGGAUUGAAAGAAAUGUUUAAUAUGAUAGACACAGAUAAUAGUGGACAAAUCACACUUGAGGAGCUGAAAAGGGGUUUGGAAAGAGUGGGGGCAAAUCUCAAGGAAUCAGAAAUCAAUGGGUUAAUGCAAGCAGCGGACAUUGACAAUAGCGGUACCAUUGACUAUAGCGAGUUCAUAGCUGCAAUGCUUCAUUUAAACAAAGUGCACAAGGAGGAUCAUUUGUAUGCAGCUUUCUCCUAUUUUGACAAGGAUGGAAGUGGUUAUAUCACUAAAGAUGAGCUCCAACAGGCCUGUGAGCAGUUUGGUUUGGCAGAUGCUCACUUGGAAGAGAUUAUCCGUGAAGCCGAUCAGGAUAAUGAUGGCCGGAUUGAUUACAAUGAAUUUGUAGCCAUGAUGCAAGACACCGGUUUUGGGAUUAAGGGUUCGCAGAGCGGCAUGGGCAUCGGGUUUCGGGAACAAGCCUUAAAACAUGGUUAAUUCUUGAUCAUCCUGGUAUGGCCAUAUCAACAGCAGAACUAGUUGUCUAAUUCUGUGUCCAAGCGGAGAUGCAUACCUACCUCUGUAAAGAUCAGUUGGGCUUUCAGGGAUCAAUAUUCAUUGCUCUCUUCCUUUCUCGGUUUAUGCAUUUUGUAUUUUUUCAUCAGUUUUAAGUUGGUUAUCUGCAUUAGAUCAGAUCAGCUCAGCUUUUUAUCCUGGAUAAUAAGACUGUUCAUAAUACUCUUACCUCCCCAUAUAUAGCUGAUAUUUGUACUUGAGCUUCAUGUAUCCAUCAUGCCUGUCUUAGGAACAGCUGAUUCCAAAGUGUUAUGAUGAUGUGGUGUUAAGUAAAAGUGUCAAAAGUUAAAUGUCCAAGUAACAUUUCCGUGUUCCUUUGAAGA